AUGUCUUGGACAGAUAAUACACAUAAUCAACUUCAUAUUGAACCAAAUACAAGUGGUAUUUAUAUAGAUAAAUGUUAUAAACAAUUCGAAUAUUUAAUAGCUUCAUGUUCAUUAAUAAAUAGAUAUCAUAAUCAAUUGUAUGAAUGUCAUCCUAUAAAAAAAUCAUCUUAUUAUUUAUACAAAAGAUUAAAACGUAGUAUUGAUAAUAAAUCUAAACGAUCCCCACAGGUAAUUCUAUCAUUUAUUAUUGGAAUAUCAUGUUUUUUAAUUGGUUUUAUAAUUGGUACUGUUAUUGCUAUUUUUAUUUCAAUUAAAAGACAACAACUUAAUACUGAUAUUAGAUCUUUAAAUAUCAAUAAUGAAAUUUCGAAUAGAUCAUCAUUUCCUGAAUACGAUUCCUCUGGCCGCUUAGUAUCCUACGGCAUGGGUCUUCCAGAUUCAACCCUGAAAACAAUACAAAAUUCAGUAUUAAAAUAUUCGUGGCCAAUAGGAGAAGCGAUGUAA